GCUUUUAUUCGCUUUCCACCUUUCAAGUAUGGAUACCUCUAACGUCAUCCACCAUCCUCACAGCCGGUGGAGCAGCCCAAGCUCUGACUCUGAGCUCUACAGCAUCUCCUCCCCUGAGACUGUCUCUCCAGCACCUUCCAUGGACCUCAACUGCUCUCCGUCUUACCAACCCAAACUCAACAAGCUUCACAAAGCCACCUCCAGACUGACCAAAAUGCCCAGUUCUCCCUCUGGUCUUGUCAGGAGGACGCGAAGAUCUAGACUGAAGAACCCAAGUGAGCAGCGUCAGAAUGCCAGCGAGAAAGAGAAGCUCAGGAUGAGGGACCUAACCAAAGCUCUGCACCAUCUCAGGACCUACCUGCCUCCAUCAGUGGCUCCUGUCGGACAGACGCUGACCAAGAUCGAGACUCUGCGCCUCACCAUCCGCUACAUCUCGUACCUGUCAGCUCAGCUCGGGCUCAGUGAAGAAUAUCUGUCUCAGAGGAAGCAGAUGAGCAAUGAAGAUGGAUGGAAAACCUCUCCAGAGAUUCUCGGCUACUUUCAAUGCAGAUCUACAAGCACAGAGUGGGGAGAGAGACAAGGAUAUGGUGAUUAUGCAGAACAGCAUCAGACUGGGAGCAGUUUGGAGUACCCAGAGCAGGGAGUGGACAUGAACCAGUACAGCACACAGCUCUCAGAACCAAUGACGGAUCAGAUCUACAGCCCGGAGACAAAUACCUUUCAGCAACAGCAGUGUGCUCAGUUCACACAGUCCUGCCAGGUUUACGGCUAUCAGCUCGUUCCCCCGGCCUUUUGGAGCUAA